UGAAAGUGGUGCUUGGUUUUUCCUGUAUUAUAGAUAGGCCAAUGCAAUAUAAAUGUAGACGAGGAAGUUCUCUGUAUUCAUUUUCAGAACGGAACGAACUAGGAGGAUCAGUAAGAUUAAGCUGACUCGAGAUGGCCUUAACAAAUGUAGACCCCCACAAUGCUACAGUUCUCAGAGAGUUAAAAGUUGGAGAUUUGGUGGAAUUUCCAAGAUUACUGUAUUCUCAUUGGGGUGUUUAUAUAGGAAACCAACAGAUUGUACAUUUAACUGGAGUAGACGGUGCUGGUAGUACGGAUGCUCUUACCUCCGGAAGUUUAUUCUCUGUUUGCGGGGUGAACUUCGACAAAGCCUGUGCAAAGAUCGAUGAUUUCUUCAAAGUUGCUAACGGGUGUAAAGCUAAACGAAACAACGGAAAGGAUCGUGAAUGCAGUCCACUACAACCACGCGAAAUCGUUAGGAGAGCGAAGGAAAUGGUCGGGGAGAUUGGCUACAACGUCCUAUGGAACAAUUGUGAACACUUUGCAGCCUUUCUUAGAUACGACAGGAAGUGGUCCGAACAGGUGGAUAAAGCAGCAGCUGUGACGGUUGUGGCCGGUGCUGCAGCAGUCGUUACUGGAGUUACCAUUGGUCUAAUAGCUGGCGCCAAUAAAAACAAAGACAAGUAGUGUGAAAUGGAUAAAUAUGAUAUGCAAAGAAAAAUCGCAUAUUUUUGUUCAAUAUUAGAAAAAAAAUCUGAAAUAAUCAUGUAGACACACAUGUACGACCAGAUCAACAUUAUGGAAUGGCGUUGGUAUACAAGGUGGUUAUGUUGCCCCCGGCACUCGUUUGGAUGAUGUGACUUAGAAGCAGAACCCGAAUAGAAGGAAAAUAAAGUGUUUUGAUAUCCUUAAAACAUUUUAAAUAAUGUUUUAACAACAUUUAGCGAAAUUGUUAUUAUAACAUUAUGUUAAAAGAGAUUUUGGAAAUACUUUAGAAAAACAUCACAGCAGCGCAAUCCAAUGUUUAAAAUUAGCAUUUCUAAAAUGUUUUAUUGCAUCUCGAUUUUAAAUAGUCAUUAAAAAUAGAGAAUGUUUUAACAAUAUUCUUUAAAAAAAAA